AUGGCGGCAGCCCGGGCGGCGGAGGACAAAGCGGCGCGACGGCGCGAGGCGCAGCGGCUGGUCGCGCACAUCUUGGCGGAGGAGGAGAACGUGCGAGACGCGUGGGCGAGCGUCACGAACGACGAGCUGCCGGAUGAUGAGGACCGCGAGGAGGACCACGAGAUGGAGGUCGCGCUGUGGAGGCUGCGCGAGGUGCUUCGCGUGAAGAGGGAUCGGGAGGAGAGGGCGGAAUGGGAGAGGAAGCGCAGUGGGGAGGUUGUCGAGCCCAGGAAAGAGAGGGGGGAGGGGGAGGGGCGCGCGGAGACGAACGAAGCAGGGGAGGGGCAGUCGACGGCUAAGCCGGCAUUUUUGCAGAAGCAUUACAAGACGGGGCCUUUCUUUUUGGAAACCAACGAAGAUGGGACUUACAAGGAGGAAAUUUAUAAUAGGGAUUAUAAUCGGGGGACAGAGCAGGAUCAAGUGCGCAGGUUAGGGCUUCCGGGCCCGAUGCAGGUGCGAAGGGGGGAGUUCGGGAAGGCAAGCAGGUCGAAAUAUACGCAUCUAGCGGCGGAGGAUACUGCAGCGGGGAUGGCGAGGGAACUGAGGCAGGAUAGGGAGCUUGCAGAUGUGUUGCGGCGGAACGAGCACAGGAAGACGUGA